UCCAUGCCUGAUCCUGACUUACCCACCGCUGAAGCUGAAGUUAUCGGGGAUUUACCUCAAGAAUCUUUACCCAAGAAACAGGAUGAAUCUUCCAAAGGCAGUCAUAAAAAAGUAAUCGGUG